GCGGGGUAAAGGUAGAUGUGCAGUGUUGUCUUUCGUCGACUACUGACAGGACUUGUUUGAGACACUCCUGCAUAUGAGAGAUUCCAAAUACUAAAGUUUUGGAUAAAAAAAGAGGAAAUAUGUCUGUCAGUCGGAAGAAUUGGUCUGCACUGUCUAGUCUGGCUCGGCAGUGGACUAUGGAGGACGAGGAGGAGCUGGAACGGGAGCGCCGGAGGAAGACGCGAGAUCCCAGCGUCAGUGCAGACCCUGAUGAAGAGGAGGGCCUUGCUAGUGAGAAGAGCCAAGGCUCCAGGAGAAUGGAUGUCUCAGAGCUUCUUGGUACCAGGAAGCAGGGCCACUUCAACACAAGCAAACAUGCGAGCAGUGCCCAGCCGGAGCCUUCUGACCAAGGAGACAAGGAUGAAAGUGCCAUGCAGGAGGACUUUGUGGAGAUGCUACGCCUGCGCGACGAGCGGCGGAGGGCCCGGCACGUGGAGACGCUGCGGCGGCAGAAGCAGGAGGAGGAAGAGGGGCCAGAGGAGGGCGGUCCAGAGGCCCAGCCCAGGGUCGAGCUGCUGGGGGACGUGGACCUGACGGAGGCCCUGAUCAACCCCCUCCGCAUCCUGCUGGACCGGGACAGACCUACCAGCCCCACAAGCCCCAAAAGCCCCGCUAGUCCUGCCAGCACCAGCAGCUCCCACAGCAGGAGCCAAUCCAGCCACUCCACUGGGGAGGCUCAGAAUGAAAACAGAAAUGCAAAUUCAGACCAGUCAACUCCAACGAAGACGUCCAGGAAGUUUGUCAGCUCCUUCUCCAUCUCCUUUGACAAAAGCCCGGUGGCGUCACCGCCACAGAGGCUCGUUUCUCCCCUCAGCCCCAGAAGUGCACCCCAGAGGCCAUUCAGCCCCACUUUUGGGGGCGCCCAAAGCCCCACGCAAAAUGGGGAUGCCGAGAAUAGCACAGCUGCCAGCAUUGAGACCACAACCAAACCUGCCUUUACAAGACAAAGUUCUAGAACCACCUCCUUCAGGUUGCUGAAGAAGCAAGAGGAGCAAAGCAUGCCAUUGCAACGGAGCGCAAGUGUUCGGGUCACAAGCAAAAUUGAGUCCAACAAGAGUCCGAAUCAAGAUGAGCAACAACAGUCACCGUUUCAGAGAAACUCUAAACAGAGAAUAUCAGCUCGUUCAAUCCAAGAAAAAAUGGAGAGACUUGCCCAGGCUUCACAGAAACAAACAAGUAAAUCCCCCUAUCAGCCAGAGAGGACUCUGUUUCUUAUGGAUGAAGUCUUAAGAAAGAAGAAUCUGUUUGAGAGUGAACAGCCAAAGGGACAGAAAGAGCCUGGAAUGGGCAGACAGGAUUUUCGCAACUUUUCAUCUGGAAUUUCUGACCGGAUUAAUCGCUGGCUGCAGAAACAACCAAAGCCUAGCCCUACUUCCACCACAUCUGACCUGAGGAACGUGGACAUCUUAAGCAAGAAGAUUCUCUUUGAGCGGGGCAAGGACGAAAGGCCAUUGUCUCCUGAACCGCACAGCAAGAGCUCAAAUUAAGAGAAAAUGCCACCACCUAGACAAUGCUUCAGCGUGAGUGCACAGAAAAAUCCUUUGGAAUCUUUGAGAAGUUGUGUUGCCUGGAAGUGAAAUGUGUUGGGUAUUUCUCUCAUAGGACUCCAGGAUUCACAGGAACACAGUCUGACCACUACAGAGGACCAGCACUACUGAUUGUACAUUUUAGUGAGGAGUUUUGACCAUGUCCACUUCUACUCCAAAAUAAUACUUUUAAAUGGCUUGUACACCAUUACUGCAUGAUGUGGUACACACUUACAUACAUGAUGGGGUUGAUGAGGUACAUACAUGCAUACAUUCAUAUAUUUCCUUUGUUUUAAGAUACACUUUUGUCAGAGACUGAAAAAAACUACAAAGCACACUAAAAUAUCCAUUGCAUUCUGAGAUUUAUCCUAAAUAUCAUACUCGGACUCUGUUGGUUAAAUACAGAUAAUGGCUCUGUUAAUGUAAUCUUUUCAAAGAAAACUGCCCCCAGUCUUUAAUGCACUUUCUGUGUAUGCAUUUUUCUUCAGCAGAAGUGUUUGUACUUUAGCAAACUAGCAAACACUUUUUUUGGAAAACAAAACAAUGUACAUUAAUUUCAGUAGUGUAAUGAAUGCAAGGCUUUCUUUAAAAUGUACAGUUUGCCAUUUUCUUACAAGAACAGGAAGAAUGAUGAUUUUGCUGAUUCAUUAAUUAUCAAUAAGAUAUUUAAAAUUAAUGGCAGUCUAACAUAUGUCUAACCUGCACUCUUAAUGCUCAUAAAUUACAUACAUUACAUACAUUACAAGCUAUCUCUCUGACUUCUCAUCAUUUAAUUACAACAACUACAGUGCAGUAUGUGUGAUAGGAAGCAUCAGAUCACACUGAGGCCUGUUGAUUAACACAAAUGACAACUCUCAGAUAUUGUUUAUGAGUGUGACAAUGCUAUAUGUUUACUUUCUUACUUUCUAUAUGGAGGUGUUUAGUAAAUAAUAAUAAACUAUAUUUUCGAAAAUUUAAA